UUGGGGAUUUCCAAAGCCGGGGGAAAAGGAGGGGAUGAUGCAUCCUAUGCAUGUCUACUCGGAAGUAAGUUGCACUGCCUUUAAUGGAGCUCUCUCCCAAAGAAGUGCGCAUUGCAUUUUAAACUGUGCUUCAGAAUCCUCUUAAGUAAGAAUUGGGACACGUAUUUCCUUCGUUCGCUAUAAUUUAUCGUAUCCCUUCUUACCCCGUAUAAAAUCUCUUAAUUUGAAUAAUUUUUGAAUAUUUGAACAUUUAAAUAUGUUUCUCCCCUUGAGGCAAUCAAAAAGAACAAUAUGGUGCGCAAACUGAAAUUUCAUGAGCAGAAGCUUCUCAAGAAGCUAGACUUGGUGAACUGGGAAGCUGCAACAGGCAAUCUAGCUGAGCUGCGUGUGCUUCGUCGUUUCCGUAUACAACGGAGGGAAGAUUACACUCGCUACAAUCAGCUGAGUCGGGCUGUUCGAGAACUAGCUCGCCGGAUCAGAGACCUGGGUGAUGUACCAGAAUCAGCAGGUUUCCGUGCUAAGAGCACUUCUGCUCUUCUGGAGAAGCUUUAUGCCAUGGGUGUGGUGGCCUCUAAGAGCUCUCUUGAGCAAUGUGAUCGAGUCUCGGCCUCUUCCUUCUGCCGUCGCCGGUUGCCUUGUCUGCUCCUAAAGCUCCGCAUGGCACAAAACUUGAAAUCUGCUGUGACCUUUGUGGAGCAGGGACAUAUCCGGGUGGGACCAGAAGUUGUAACAGACCCAGCAUUCUUGGUGACCAGGGCCAUGGAGGACUUUAUUACCUGGACUGAUUCCUCUCGCAUCCGACAACAUGUACUUAACUACAAUCAGGAACGGGAUGAUUUUGACUUGACUUGUUAAAAACAGCCUUCCUUUUAUUUGGUUAUGCAUCUGGGUGGAUUAUAGGAUAACACCUCAAAUGUUUAACUCAGUUAAACUCACCUAGCCUCAGGAGAUGCUCUGCUAGUAGAUUUCUGUCUUUUAUUUAUGUUUUGCUUGUUUUGUUGUGUUAAAUACAGACUGUAAACCAAACACACCCAUGUGUGAUCAGGUGCCAAUAUUUAUUACUUAGGGUUUCUGCCAGAGAGAAGUGGAGGACAACAAUCUCAUAUGAGCAGCUUGGAAAACAAAAUGUACUUGCAAAACAUUGUGUGUCCCCUUAUAUUGACUUCAUUCUGGAAGAUUAAUCAAAGGAUUACAUCUGACCUCUUCCCAGAAGACAGUAUCAAAUCUUGUUCCAUCUAAAAUGCUUUAAUUAAAACAGACUUUAUUAUUCCCUUUUGAUCAAGAUUUGGAUGGCUGCCUACAACAAAUCUAUGCAACCAUUAUUUUAAGAUUUCUUCUUUCUUGGCAUCUCAGCAAGUUUAUGUUCUGUUUGUUUCUAUAGUAACAUGUUCCUUAAUAGUGUACAAGCUGUUAUGCCAAUGCUAAAUUGUUGGCUAGAACUUCAGGUUUUGAACUGGUUAUUGACUGUUUCUACGUCUUUAUGCUAUCCACAGCUUCUAUUACGAUGGAAAGAAAUUUACUCUGAUUAGGAUUUUCAUAUUGUGUAACACCUCAAAACAUUAAUUUUGAGUUCAGUUUUGGAGCAUAAAGAUGUUUAGAAUUUUUGUAAAUUCUUUUCUCUGUAAAAUUCCUCUGAUUUUUCUGUAAAAUCAAAUUUACUUUUAGCUUUGUACAGUUUAAAACAAAUCAUGUGCUUCCCAAAUCCUAUUAAUAAACUGCAAAUUGGAACUAA